AAAAUUUACAGUGUGAAUUCUAUAUUCAAAUAAAACAUUAGUAGGGAUCUCUAAUAUUUUUCCAAUAAGAAAUGCCAUAGCCAUUUUAUCUACUGCAGUCUGCAACCGAUUCUCUCUCUCUCUUGGUAGCCAAUCGAACCAACCAACUUCCACUGACACCGUCUCUCUCUCUCUCUCUCUCUAGUCUGAAAACGCUGUGCUCCUGCUCGAUAUGAUUCUCCCACAAAUCUCUCCCACUCUAAGCUAAGAAUAUUUACAUCUACAUGUUAUUCCGUUAUAUAUUAGGGCUAGGGUUUCUCCCACUUUCAAAUCAGUUCUUCAUCAAUCAAUUUUUAUUUUUAUUUUUAUUUUUUGAUUACUCUUGCAAAUUAGGGUUUUGGAAUUAGGAACUUUCAGUUUCGUUUCGUUCUCUGAGACCAUGAAGGUUCACCCAGCCCCGAAGAAGCGAAACAUCACGAUACGAUACAACAUCGCUUCGACCUUCUCCCAAGCGAACGCUCUCGCUUGCCGACAGAAGAAGCUCCGGCGCCUCCCUCACAUCUUCGCCAAAGUCCUCGAGCUUCCUUUCCACUCCGACGCCGAUGUUUUGAUCGAUGAGACCUCCGAUUGUUUCCGAUUCGUAGUCAACACCGACGAUAUCGGCGAUGACAUCAGGGCUCAGACGAUUGAGAUCUACCCUGGGGUUACGAAGAUCGUCAUCAGAGGAACCAACGUUCUUGAUUUGUCCAUGGACGAAUUGGAGCUUGACAUGUGGCGUUUUCGACUUCCGGCGUCGACUCGGCCCGAGCUUGCUAGUGCUGCGUAUAAUGAUGGACAGCUGGUGGUGUUGGUGCCGAAAGAUGCGAAUUUUAAUGGGUUGGAUGUUGUUGAUCGUGAAGAAGAAGUUUGGGGUGAAGGGAAUGGUGAUAUCGGAGCGGGACGGCUUGUUCUUGUACAGUAAUUCGAUAUACACCCUCUCUUGAUUUUCAAUUUCUGUUGGUUGAGAAAAGUUCAGUUGUCGUGUUUGAAGUUUUUAUCUUGGAAUGGAAUGUGUUCUGAACAAUUUUAAUGUUUCAAUGAAGAAUUGCUUUUCGUUAUAUAUAUAAUAUGUGCUUCUAAAUCUUGAAUCUUGUUCAA